CUGUUUCGGUUUUUUGUAGAAUGAUGAAAAACUAGUCGCGUCCGUUCUUCUGCAUAUUAAGAACGGGGGAUAGAAACCAGUGCGCUUUCGCCUCUCAUCCCUAGUCGGCUUGUAUCGACUUUAUCCAAUCGUUGGGGCGUUUGAUAAGAAUCUUAUUUUUUUCGCUACCAACAGAGGGACUUGCACCUGUCGUGUGACCGCGCAGGUAGCAACGCGUGAAAGUGUGAACCAAGCAACCAAGUGCGGGAACAGCAAAACAACGCGGGAGGAUCGCGCGUUGGGCCGGUGGCCACAGAAACAUCGGUCAUGGCCGCUACAAGUGUUGUGGUGCUCGACAGGGGCAACAACACCACCUGUACCAUUAAUUUACACGGUGCCACUGUUGUCUCCUGGAGAGUCAACAACCAGGAGCAACUAUUCGUUAGUAAACAAGCAGUAUUCGACGGCAAAAAAGCCAUAAGGGGCGGGAUCCCUUUCGUUUUCCCUCAAUUCGGCCCCUGGAAUUACGGUCCUCAGCACGGUUUUGCCAGAAUUGUGCGUUGGAAUCUUGAGAAACCUCCAGAGAGAUUAGCCAGUGGCGAUAUUGAGGCUAUCUUUUCCCUCAUAGAUUCCGAUUUUACCCGCGCCGUUUGGAGCUACCCAUUCCAGUUGACGUACCGACUAAUCCUGCGUGAGAAGGAGUUACAUUCCAAUAUAGCCGUGUACAACCCAAGUAAAGAAUCGACGUUUAGCUUUAACUUGUUGUUGCACACGUAUUUUAAAGUUCCUGACGUGCGUCGUUGCCAAAUAACAGGUCUACAGGGUUGCACAUACCUCGAUAAGACAACCAACGAAGGAGCUCUCUAUCAGGAAACCCGCGACGUCGUAACAAUCGGAGAAUGGACUGAUAGAAUUUAUCAAAAUACACCACACGAACAUAUAAUAACAAACGUUGUCUCAGGGCGUAAAAUGCGCAUACAAAAGUGCAAUUUUCCCGAUACCGUCAUCUGGAAUCCUUGGGUCGAACAUGCCAAAGAGAUGAACGAUUUCGGUGACGACGAAUAUCCAAACAUGGUUUGUGUCGAAUCGGGACACGUAUCGAGUCCUGUUAUUUUAUUGCCUGGCAUGGGUUUUGAAGCCAGCCAGAUUUUGCAAGUAAUGUGAAUUUUUUUACCGCGAUUCAGCCGUCCAGCUGGUCACCGCUUGUGUUCUUUAACUUAAUACUGCGUAUUGGUUAAGGAACACAAGGGGUUGGGAAGAACGUGUGUUUGUUUGUAUUCUGAAAGCAAUAGUUUAGCUAAAGUUAUUUUUUGAGUUGAUGAAUGUUGCGGGUUAUGCCAACAUUCCUGAAACAUGUAGCCUUACGUCGUAUACGACUGGAGUAGUUUUUUAGUUCUUUGUUCUUCUCGUGCAAUAGUUGACGUGGAAUUAUACUUUUGAUAGCUAACUUAUUAUAUUUGUUAGUAAACAGCUAUUAACUUUAAAUAAAUUAUUAUAAUUAAA